CAAAGCGGUUUAUGGCCAGGGCAGGGACGCAAAGAUUAUUUCAAGUGGAUUUGUCAGAUGACUCCACCAAACAUGAACAUGUGCUCUAAAGACUAGUUGUAUUAAGGUGGCAUGGAGAAGACACGGACUUGAAGGCUGCAGCGGACUUAGGGGAGCCGAUUGUUUCCACCACCGCUUUUAUUUACCCCAAUGAUGAACGUCUCCAAACCUCCUAUAGGGAAAAGGAUGAAACCGCGUGCGCCACCACCUCCUCAGGUACCACAGCCUGCCCCGCGGCGCACAUUCAGAAAUGCUAACUCUCAAGAUGAGGCCACUGACAGAGACAUGAAGGAGAACAUGCUGAGUCAGUCAUUGGAGCUGAGGCUGACUCUGCCCACAGGAUUUCAAACCAAUGUAAUUGAGGACGGCAGCAAAGCGCUGAUGGACGUUCUGGUUGAGCUGUGCAGCCGUUACCACCUGAACCCCUCACUACACACUCUGGAGCUAUUCACACCUGAGGGCCACCCUUUGGGCUUCAAGCCCAACGCGCUGCUAGGGUCCCUUAAUGUUGCCUGUGUCCUCAUCAAGGAGAAAGUGCUGGAGGAGAGACAAGUGCGCCGACCUGCACCCAAAGUGCCCGAAAAAACAGUGCGUUUGCUGGUGAAUUAUCAUGGCAGUCAGAAGGCAGUGGUGCGGGUGAACCCGCAGUUGUUGCUGCAGGAUCUCGUACCUGUCAUCUGUGACAAGUGUGAAUUUGAUCCAGCUCUCAUCGUGCUCCUAAAGGACAGCAUCAGUCGCCAAGAGUUACCACUGGACAAGUCUCUGUCGCAUCUGGGAGUCAAGGAGCUUUAUGUGCACGACAAAAGUCUAGUCCUCCAGCCUAAAAUGGCUUCAGCACCUGCCCUUAAUUAUUCAGACUCUCUGUGCUCUAGUACGAACAGUUUGGCCAGAGCAGAGAAGAAAGGUCUCUUGGGUAUCUUUCCAUUCAGCAGGAGAAAAUCUAAGACAACAUCUCUGGACAUGGAGGAUUACAAUGACGCAGAGGCACACUCUAAUGCUGUGUCUACCAUGCUUGGGUCACAGUAUGUUGAAGAACGCCCUCAUAUGAGCCAGUCACAAUCGUCCAUGAACAUCUCCAAGACAUCUCCUAAAGCUGAGGCAAAGAAGAGGAGAGCCCCCGCUCCACCUGGAGUCUCUACUCACUCUACUGAGCACUUAAGCUAUGACACAAAUCAGAUCAGUCUCGGCUUGGACGCUCAGCAAAGGAAAAGGAAAGCUCCUGCCCCACCCCCAACACCAGUGUCUCUCUCUUCUGGCUCCGAGGACGUGUCUGCCACUGCCACACCUGUCAGCCAACACAUCCAAGACCCCACCCCAGUGUUCCACACCAAAGGGUCAGAGUCAACCACCCUCACCACCACCACCACUGUAGUAAUAGAAGACAUGAAACCUGUAGCGCCCAUAACAGAGCAAUCUGCUGCAUGCUUUACCAGUCUGGACCUCAGACCUUCUACACCAAGCAGUACCACCUCCGAUAGCCUCGCUGUUCAAGACUCCAGCUCUGAAUUCAGCCAAAGCCUUGAAGAAUCAGAUGCUGCUUCUCACUGUAGCACUACCACUGGCACUACGGUUAGUGGAUUCGCACAAGUCCAGUCCAUAACAAAAAGCUCAAUUUCCAGAACAAAGAAAUCAGAAAGCACCACCAACAUAUCGUCAGCUGAUGUGACUACAGCCAGCAGCUCCAGGUCUGACACAGAGUCAGCCAUCAACCUUAAAAUGGAGGAAACUGAGAACAACAGGCACAGUGGAGUUGCUUGGCUCCACUCCAUGCAAAGCUCUGCAGCCAAAGGUCAGUGUAAAGAGAUAUCUCCAGAGGAAACAGUGUCUUUGGGCAGUAAUAGCAGUGGCAUGAGCUUACCAGACCAGGGCUACACUGCCUCAGAAGGCAUGGUUGAUGGAGAAGACUCUGGUGUGGUUAGCUCACCCUCUGAGACCCACACCACAUCCCCAGAUGGGAGCCUGUCUCUGGAUGGAAGCACUGGAGGAGAGAGACGCAUGGGAACAGCCGCAGACAAUUUUAGUGACAGCGAUGAAGGGUCCUGGGGUUCCCGGCACAGAAGCAGUGACAUUACACCACAUCCCAGGACAGACAGGCUCAAGCAUCAAGAUCUGUCCGCUCAGCUUCAUCAGACUUUGGCGGAUUUAGAGUCAUGUCUCGCAGACACUAAUGAGGUCCCAGUUUCUAUAGUGGACCAUGAUGUGCCAGUCACAACUAUAGAUGAAGUCUUGCCUGAUGAAGGGUUUUGGGCUGAUUCAAUCGUCGCCAACGCCUCAAGCUUCAGUGAUGACUUUCUCAAACAUAAGCAAAACUCUAUGCAAGAACCAUCCAAAACACAUAAGAAGAAAGACACUACCAUGGAAUUAAAAGCAAAAGAAAUAAAAAAGACAGAAGCAACUGUUCAGAAUAAAUCAUCCUUCGAAGCAAAGUCUAAUUGUCCAGAGCAAAAGGACUAUAAUAAAAGUGACAUUAAACCUGAGGAGAAGAAUAUCCACCAAGCUGCUCUGAAACAAGUGACUCAAGAAGCUGUUGAUUUGCCCAAAGUUCACCACACUAUAUCCACUUCUAAACCCUUUCAAAGUAAAAUCACUCCCAAUGUCACGUCACGUUUUGGGAUGAAAACAUUUACGGUUGUACCUCCUAAACCAGCUGUCUUACAUGCUACUGCAGGAGAGCCUCCCGCUACAACCCCUGGUGCCAUAAAGAUUGACGAACAAGGGAACAUGGUAAAGGUGUUCCAUCACAGAACUCCUGGUGUAUCAGACUUGAGAAAUGGCCAUGAUUCUUCUCCAUGGAAAGCCAAAGCCUUCUGGAGCUCAAAUGAAAAGCAGGAAGGUGCUGUGGGCCCAAAUAAAGGUCAAGCUGAUAAGGCAAGAGACAGUUUGGAUAGCCAUAAAAGUGCUUGGACAAAAACCUGUGAAAUUACCCAGAAGUCCAUUGAAACAGGGAGUUGGAAAACUUCCCAAGGGGCACUUUCUAAAUCUACCCCACAAAUAGAGUCUAAAGAAACUGCGGAAGAUGCUGCUGAACAAAUACGAGAUAUUGACUUUAAGCAAAAGGAUAACACAAUAGCAGAAGACAAGAUUUCACCAACUGUCAUCUCAAGUCAGAGGCCUGCACAACCUCCAUUUAUAACAGAUGUGAGAAGAGACCUUACUUUCCUCAAGCCAUCCAGACGAACCUCCAGCCAAUAUGUUGCAUCUGCUAUCACAAAAUAUGCCCCCAAAACAACCAUCAAACCUGAUUAUAACCCCGCAAGUCAGGAGUUUACCCCCAAAACACAAAAUACUGGCUAUCCGAAAUCGGGCCGAUCAAUACAAAUCAAUCCUCAACACUCAUUCCCUUCAAGUAAUACAGACAGUUCAAGUUUUACAUCCAACCCCUCUGGUCCAAAGAGGUCCAUUAGUUACCCUGAAUAUAUAUUGGACAGACAAGAAGAUGGCACUGAUGAUGUGAAGGAGGCAGGAACUUCAGAAAUGAGCUUUGAAUUUGGAAAGGAAAGUUUUAGGAUACAAGAAACGCAAAAAUCUGCCAAUAACAAGUCAGUUUCCUCAACACAAUUGAAUGUUAAAGUUAGUGAUACGUUCAAAUCUGUUCAGCGCCGAAGUCCAAGUCCAUCUCCCAGCCGCCCUCUGGACUCAUCGGCUAAACCACCUACAGGACUGAAGAACCAAGAGCAGGCAUUGGAUAAUCCAGUCACUAUCCUGCCUUCAAACCCCAAAACAGACAAGACCCCUUCAGUUACAAUAACAGACAGUGAGGCGAGCCCCGAGCCUCCAGCUGUGACAGUGUUUGGGCCAGUGAAGAAGUUUAGACCGGUCAUCUGCAGAUCAGUGGAGAAGGAGACAUCUCUACACAGCAGCCUUAUGGAGGCCAUACAGAGUGGAGGGGGCAAGGAAAGGCUCAAGAAGAUUUCCACCUCUGGGGCGAAGAAACCAUCUUAUGUUGAGGAGGAGAGUGAGAGAUCUGCUUUAAUGGCAGCCAUUAGAGCCCAGGGCAACUCCGGGAGGCUUAGAAAGACCAAAUCUGAAGCUGCUGGGGAGCUGGAAAACUUCAGAAAGACUGCCUUGGAUGUAAACAGCAGUGCCCAGAUUUCUUCCACACCGUUUUCUCCCCAGUCCUCAGUACCUCCACCUCCUGCACCCCCAGUGGCACCUCCUCCAACCCCUCCUGUCCUACCAGCACCAAAAUCCUUCACCCUGUCACAACAAAACAUGAACUCAGCCAUGGCGAGGGAGGCCAUGCUGGAGGCUAUCCGCUCUGGAUCAGCCGCAGAGAAGCUAAAAAAGGUCGCUGUGCCCGCAAAGACCGUUCAAGUGAACGGGAAACUGGGAACGAUCAAGGCAACAUCCUCCACUAUGUCGUAGUUUAGAAAGACAGUACUUAUCACCUCUAGUUUUAUGUUUUUGUUCUUGUGUAAGAAGUGACUCACAAGUGAAUCACAUGUUGAUGAUGUAAACUGGAGGACAACAGAGGGUAAGGGUAUCUGCAGUAAAAGUUAAGCAUGAACGCACUUUUGCCAAAUGCCUCAUAUUAUAUUCUUUACACAGUUUUCUGGUCAUAUCUUGCCAUGCAUACUUGAAUUGAUUGUAACUCAAGCAGCGGGAAACGUGCCAUUGAACAAGGGAUUUUUUAAGUCACAAGAUAUUUUAUAAGUUAUAGAAACCUUAUACAUUUGACAGCCAGUGUUAUGUUGGUGGCAUGGUUGAUUUUUGAAUACUUAAUGGAGUGCAAUAUUUGAAUAUGAAGUUUUUUUUUUAUUUGAUUUGAAGAAGUUCGUGUUGACUAGAUUCAAGGUACUUUUUGAUUGAUGAUGCCAUUCUGUAAAGUUUUAAGUGUGAAUUCAAAAACAACAGUGCCUGAAAUUUUAAUUCUUUCAUCUUUACCUUUAAGCUGCUGCUUUUACAAAAAAGCAUAUUUCAUACUAGAUAGAUACCUUUUCUAAAGCCUUUUAACAUGUUCAUAUUUUAAAAAAAAAAAGAAAAAAAAAAGAAGAUGGAUACCACUAAGACAGAAAGUUUAUAAACAUCAAAACUGUUGUGAAGAAGAGAACAAUAUUUACACUUAAAAUUAUUUGUUGUAUUACAGAUCGAUAGGC